AUGUGUGACGUAGUAUUAGGUGCCCAAUGGGGUGAUGAAGGUAAAGGUAAAUUAGUUGAUUUAUUAUGUGAUGAUAUUGAUGUUUGUGCAAGAUGUCAAGGUGGUAAUAAUGCCGGACAUACUAUUGUUGUAGGUAAAACCAAAUAUGAUUUCCAUAUGUUACCAUCAGGAUUAGUUAAUCCAAAUUGUAAGAAUUUAGUUGGUUCAGGAGUUGUUGUUCAUGUUCCAUCAUUUUUCCAAGAAUUGGAAAAUUUAGAAUCAAAAGGAUUAAAUUGUCGUGAUCGAUUAUUUAUUUCAAGUCGUGCUCAUUUAGUAUUUGAUUUCCAUCAACGUACUGAUAAAUUAAAAGAAGCUGAAUUAUCCGCCAAUAAGAAAUCUAUUGGUACUACUGGUAAAGGUAUUGGACCAACUUAUUCCACCAAAGCUUCUAGAUCUGGUUUAAGAGUUCAUCAUUUAGUUAAUCCUGAUCCUGAAGCAUGGGAAGAAUUUAAAACUAAAUAUAUGAGAUUAAUUGUUUCAAGAAAAAAAAGAUAUGGUGAAUUUGAUUAUGAUUUAGAUGAAGAAUUAGCAAGAUAUGCUAAAUAUCGUGAACAAUUAAGACCAUUUGUUGUUGAUUCGGUUGUUUUUAUGCAUGAUGCUAUUAAACAAAAGAAGAAGAUUUUAGUUGAAGGUGCUAAUGCUUUAAUGUUGGAUAUUGAUUUUGGUACUUAUCCAUAUGUUACUUCAUCAUCAACUGGUAUUGGUGGGGUUUUAACUGGGUUAGGUAUUCCACCAAACCAUAUUAAUAAUGUUUAUGGUGUUGUUAAAGCUUAUACUACUAGAGUUGGUGAAGGUCCAUUCCCAACUGAACAAUUGAAUGAAGUUGGUGAAACUUUACAAGAUGUUGGAGCUGAAUAUGGGGUUACAACUGGUAGAAAGAGAAGAUGUGGUUGGUUAGAUUUAGUUGUUUUGAAAUAUUCUGCUAUGAUUAAUGGAUAUACUUCAUUAAAUAUUACUAAAUUGGAUGUUUUAGAUCAAUUUAAAGAAAUUGAAGUUGGUAUUGCUUAUAAAUUAGAUGGUAUUGAAACUCCAAGUUUCCCAGAAGAUUUACAUGAUUUAGCUAGAGUUGAAGUUGUUUAUAAGAAAUUCCCAGGAUGGGAAACUGAUAUUACUAAUAUUAAAAGAUAUGAAGAUUUGCCAAUUAAUGCAAAGAAUUAUCUUAAAUUUAUUGAAGAAUAUUUAGAAAUUCCAAUUCAAUGGGUUGGUACUGGUCCAGCAAGAGAAUCAAUGUUAGAAAAGGCUAUUUAA